AUGUCUGAAUCUAAGCUAGGUUUUCAUGCAGAUGGGGUGAGAGAAGGUGGUUUCAGAUACGUAAAGACAAAGCUUGCCCUUCACUCGCAAACCCAGAAAAAUGUAGGCCUUGCACCACGACAAGGUGGAACGAAAACAGAUCGUGAUUCAAGAGAGGAACACAAAAGCAUGACCUGUGUCGUGUGCUAUGCAGAAAUUGAUCAGAUGGAGAACGGAGAGGAAGAAGAAAGAUGA